AUGACACCAUCUCUUGCAAUUGCUUCUUCAUCUUCAACCAUGUUGUUAUGUCCCAAACUAGGAACAUGUUCAAUGUCUCUGUCCACUUGUACACCAACUACACAUUCAAAAAUCCAACAUUUUCAUCUCUAUUCAUUGGGUAAACGCCUUUUCACACCUUGGAAUCGUUUGGAGCAAUUGGGUUUCUUAACUAAACCCAAAAAACCACUUUUUCAUUUUAUCGGUAGGAAGGGUCGGUGUAAGGGUAAGGUUGUUUAUGCGUCUUUGUUUGGGGUUGGAGCACCUGAAGCUUUGGUGAUUGGGGUUGUGGCUUUGUUGGUUUUUGGUCCUAAAGGUCUUGCUGAGGUUGCUCGAAAUCUGGGAAAAACAUUGCGUGAAUUUCAACCCACCAUUAGAGAGAUCCAGGAUGUUUCAAGGGAAUUUAAGAGUACGCUCGAGCGGGAGAUUGGCAUUGAUGACAUUUCAAACCCAUUACAAAGCACAUACUCUUCCAAUGUACGCAACACCACAUCAACUCCAUCAGCCACUGAAAUUACCAAUAGUUCUCAGACUGCUGUUGACCCUAAUGGGAAGCUAGAUGAAAGUAAAGCAUACAGUUCUGAGGAGUAUCUUAAGAUUACAGAGGAGCAACUAAAGGCCGUUGCUGCACAACAGCAGGAGCAAAUACCAUCUCCUAAAGAAGAUGAAAUCGAACAGCAAAUCCAGCCUCCUGCUGCUGAUGAAACUGCUGCAACUGUGCCACCUCCACAGAAGCCUGAAAGUGAAUCGUUACCUUCGGAUUCGUAG